CCCCCCCCCCCCCCCCCCCCAAAAAAAAAGAAGAACUUCAACAACAUGUAUUUAUUAGAUUGAGUAAUCGACAGUAAAGUUAAAACAAGGACAAAACAUUCUAAUUGCCUACAGAUGCCAUGGGACCACAACUUUUCAGUGUUGAUCAAAAAGGAGAAACAAAUUGGAACCAUCUCUAAGGAAUAGCGAGAAAGAGGAAUGUUUAUUUAAAAUGUUUCCUUUAAUAUUUCUGAUUAUAUGUCAGAAUGUUCCAGCAAGGAUGGGCAAUCCAGUCCCAGAUAUGAUGACAUCAUACAGUUAUGACGUACAUCCGGUCACUAAAUGUCCACAGAAUGCGAGUCAGUUGAGUCUAGCCUCAGACAGGCUGAACUGUACAAGAGACGAUACUCUAAAACAUCGGUAUCACUGCAUGCCAGACAGGGGCAAAACAAGGCUACUGGAAUUCUGUUAUCCUCAAGAUCGCCUUAUUAUGAUUCCAGGUUUUUGCAUUGUUUUGUUUAACAAUGGAUACAUGUCCAAGAGCCAGGACAACAACUGUACAGUUUUUACCAAUAACAGUUGUCCUAACGAAACGUACUACAGUUACGAUAUGUACAAGUACCCAGCGUGUUCCCAGAUAAAUCCACAACACCACUGCUAUAAGUUUGAUCCAUCAUGUCCUCCAGAGGAACAAACGGUGGAUCCAAGCUUUUCCACGGAUAGUAUGUUUUCUACUGUCACUACUCCACUUACAACUCCAAACACGGAAACAAUAACAACAAGAGAAAUUGAUGCACACGAGAUUGUAUUACCUGUGGUUUUUGUUUUGAUCAUUUUCGGCUGUGUUUUGUUCUGUUGGUGCAAUAGACAUAGUAUACUUAAAAAAUGGAAUAGAUUUCGUGGUGUCCCAGACUUUCAAAUCCAAAGAACAAAUGAAGAAGAAAUGGAAACAUUAAUGACCAUAGGUGAACAAACAGAAGAAAGUAAUAUUCAAAUUGAUUUUCUAAUAGAGUGGCAGGCGGACGACAAGUUAUUUUACGACGGAAUCAGCACUGUAGAAGAACUGGAAGAGCGUCUAUUGAAGAAUAACAUAAUCAUGGUUGUUGGAGGACCUGGACUCGGUAAAACCUCUCUUGUUCGCCAUAUUGCACUGAAAUGGCAUAACCAAAGACGAGAGGAAACUG